UCGAUUCGAAUCUACGUCUUGACUGCACUCGUCUUGACUGCACUCGUCUCGACUGCUUUUGGUACGCGCAGACUGCUCUCGUCUCGACCGCUCGGGCAGUCAAAAAGAAGAACAAGAUGAAGCGCACCCGCGUAGUCAAGUGCCCGCUCACCUCGCGUUCCUAUUCUUCUCACAUCGCGCGCGCGCGCAAACACACACGAUCUAGCACCGUUUAUGGAUCAUCGCAUUUGCGCACGAGGGGCGUCAGCAAUACCGAGGAACACGUCGUCGACGGACGCACCUUGGUGCGCUGGCAUCGCGCUGUUAAUCGAGUCCAGUUUGCUACGGGAGCCCAUUGAGCGGAAUAGCGGAAAACGUCAUGACCGCAUGCCGCACCUCACCUCACCUCACCGCACUCGUGUACGCUUGCCUUGCCUAAGCGGGAGGAGGUGCUGCAGGACUUGCGCCGGUUGCUUGUUGCAUGUGAUGUGGAGCCGCAAAGCCUGGUGGUGGUCCAGCGUAGUGAUGCGAUUCGGCGUGACGCGAUUCGGCGUGGUCCGCGUGGGGUCCAGCGUAGUGAUGCGAUGCUCCCACCCCUGCUCCCGGAACGUUUGUGCCCGCCCCCGCUCCCUCGCCCUCGCCAUCGCCAUCGCCGGUCUCCUUGUAUGCGUACCUCGGCUCGAGGGCCAACCUCUCCUCUGGCGACAAUUCCCCAUCCGUAUACACCAUGCGCGAUUUGGCUCCUCCUUGCACCGCCAAUUGAUGAGGACUGGGACCGGUGGCACUCGCGCUCGCCGCGGACCGCAUCCACGGACUCGAAGCGCCUGCUGGUGGUGGUGGGGCGUAGACCGUAGGUGACAUGGCUACAGGCGUAGGCGCACCGAAUCCUGGUGGAGGUCCUGAAUAAGGCGGCGCUGCUGCGAAACCUGGUGGUGGACCGUGCGGAUAAGCUGGCGAGCCUAUACCUGGAGGUGGUCCAAACGGAGGUGGUCGAAUGGCUCUGGGGG